AUGGCUGGCGUCAGUCUACGAUUGGCACACCAUAAGACGGAAACGGUGAUGAUCAGUAACCGCAAGGCGGCUCUAGAGGGCAAAAUUAUUGUAAGGGAACAAGUGAUUGUUUCCAAAUGUAGUGUGAAGUAUCUGGAUGUAAUGGCAGAUAACAGGCUGAACUUCCCCAGCCACGUGGAUUAUGCUUGUGGUAAGGCAUCAACGGCGGUUACUACGCUGUCCAAGAUUAUGCCAAACGGCUAUGGACCUAGCAGCAGAAAGAGACGCCUGAUGGGCAGCGUUGCCAUGUCGGUGCUAAGGUAUGGUGCAUUGACAUGGGGCCUGACUUUGGGUAGUAAGCGCAAUCAGGCAUGUCUGAACAAAGUUUUCAACAACAUGUUGUAA